GGUAACGUCUAUGGAUAUAUUCAUCUGUACGAUGCGUUACGUCUCUAUGCGACUGCCGUUCGUUCGGCCAUGAAUCUGACCGGAAAUCCGAACAUCUACCAGGACGGAAGAUUUAUAUGGAAUCAAAUGCGGCGCAUAACGUUCCCAGGUCUUGUUUCGGCCGCUGGUGUCAGUUCUGGAACUGUUAUGAUGGACGACAUUGCUGAACGUGCUCCAGUGUACGCA